CAUCGCUCCGGUGCGCAGGUGGAUGUCUGCGCACAAUAGCGCGACUGUCUCACGCCACAGGUAGUAGCUGGACUCAGGUGUUGUAACACGACACUGAACCAUGUGAUCAGCGAUGAGAAUUUAGGAAGAAGAAAAACCCAGCUCGAGCAUUCACUCAACACACUAGUAAAUACCAACCGCACAAGACCACCAUUGAUACCAGGGCAGGAUCUCGAAGGACAAUGUAUUAUUAUUAUGAGCAGGACGACGGAGUGUCGCGAUAGUUUCGGUUUAAAUACUUCAUUUCACCGGUAAGGUGAGGCGGAAGCGAGUUACGGUCAGACCUAUUGGAUAUAUAGUCUACAUAUAUUCGUCGGGAAACAUCGUGGAUUAUGAAGGUGAACAAACAGCUCGCCAGAGACAGAUAGGACAGUUUUUAUUCUUUGAUCUCGGACAUGAUUUACUGAUCACCUCCGCUCCACCCUAUCCGGAGCAUCAGCCCUUUCUGGAUGAGGGUAGGGGUGCAGAUUGACUCCAUCCCGGAGAUGAUACGGCAGGUUGGGCUAUUGGCAGGGAGUUUUCUGCUGCUGCUUCUCAGGAAUGUUUCGGCCCAGGAGGAACCGACCACAAUGUCCAGUAACACUACAGCUACAACUUCCAGCCCUCAGGGCCCUAAUAUUGUGGCCAUUGUGGUACCAACUGUGGUCCUGGGAGUACUGGCUAUUUUAACAGCGGUUCUGGUAUUUCUGUUCUGCGUGGUAAAGAAGAAGAGACAGACAGAGGGGACGUAUCGACCCAGCGCAGAGGAGCAGUCAGGAACACGUAGUGUAGAAACGCCUGACGCUCUCAAACUACCCAAAGAGGAGAGACUGAUUUGACACACUGGUUCAUGACUAACCAGCAGCACAUGAUAGCAAUGACUCAAUUCCAAAAAUGGUUAAACGGAUAAA